AUGGGAGAGAAAUCGAACUCGAGAGGUUGGUGCGGUUGGUUUAUCGCGAUCAUCGUAUUGGCUGCUGUCGUCCUCGCCAUCGUUUACACCGUCAAAUUGAAAAUUAAGAAAUCCGGCGACGACGGAGCUGGUCCGGUCCCUGGACCUCCCGGCGCCAUCGAUAAGAAAUACGCCGACGCUCUCAAACUCGCCUUGCAGUUCUUCGAUAUCCAGAAAUCUGGGAAAUUGGAGAACAACAAAAUAUCAUGGAGAGGAGAUUCAGGACUCAAAGACGGAAGCGAAGCGAAUCUAGAUCUCUCGAAAGGACUAUACGACGCCGGAGAUCACAUAAAGUUCGGUUUCCCGAUGGCUUUCACCGCCACUAUACUGUCAUGGUCAAUUCUCGAGUACGGCGAUCAAAUGAAAGCAGUGAACCAAUUAGCUUCCGCUAAAGAAUCUCUCCGAUGGACCACCGACUUCUUCAUCAAAGCUCACCCUUCUGAUAACGUCCUCUACAUCCAGGUGGGAGAUCCAGAUUUGGAUCAUCCGUGUUGGGAGAGACCUGAGACGAUGAAAGAGAAGAGACCACUGAUCAAGAUCGAUGCAGAGACUCCAGGGACUGAGGUCGCUGCGGAAGCUGCAGCAGCGAUGGCUUCAGCGUCUCUAGUGUUCAAAGAUAGCGACCCUGAGUACUCGAGCACGCUUCUGCGGCACGCGAAGCAGCUGUUCGACUUCGCGGAGACGAAGAGAGGCUCGUACAGUGUCAACAUCCCCGAGGUUCAGAAGUUUUACAACUCCACUGGUUACGGAGACGAGCUUCUAUGGGCAGCUAGCUGGUUAUACCACGCGACGGAGGAUAAGACUUACCUUGACUAUGUAUCUAAACAUGGAAACGAGUUUGCUAGCUUUGGGAAUCCGACUUGGUUUAGCUGGGAUAAUAAACUUGCAGGCACACAGGUGUUGUUAUCAAGAUUGCUCUUUUUUAAGAAGGAUUUAUCAGGAAGCAAGGGGCUUGGGAAUUACAGGGAUACAGCUAAAGCUGUCAUGUGUGGGCUUCUUCCAAACUCUCCCACAGCUACAAAGAGUAGAACAAACGGUGGUCUUGUAUCGGUUAGUGAAUGGAACGGAUUACAACAAUCCGCUUCCGCAGCGUUCUUAGCCUCGCUCUUCAGCGAUUACAUGCUCAGCUCUCGUCUCCAUAAAAUAUCCUGCGACGGGAAGAUCUUCAAAGCAACAGAGCUCAGAGACUUCGCCAAAUCACAGGCUGAUUACAUGUUGGGGAAGAAUCCGUUGGGGAUGAGUUUCGUGGUUGGUUACGGAGAGAAAUAUCCAGAGUUUAUUCAUCACAGAGGCGCUUCGAUACCGGCGGAUGCAACGACGGGGUGCUUGGACGGGUUCAAGUAUUUUAACUCGACGGAACCGAACCCGAACAUAGCGUACGGUGCGCUCGUGGGAGGGCCGUUCUUUAAUGAGACGUUUCAUGACAUACGAGACAACCCGAGGCAGAACGAGCCGACGACGUAUAACAAUGCCUUGCUCGUUGGUCUAUUGUCUAGUCUUGUUACUACCUCUUCUGUUCUACAAUCAUUGAAGUGA